AUCGAUUGGACCGGCGAAAACGUGCGGUUCUUCCCAACGCAGCCCGGAGCCACCUAACGUCACGAUGAUUCUAGCCGUAUAUAGAUCUCCACUACCUCCACGCCGUGGCAUCCGCCCCACAAUUUAAUUGGCAUGGAGAAGGCUGCUCAGCUGCAACACACGACGUCGUCCAUGUACCGCGGUGUUGAUCGUCAGCCUCCUCCGUCACUUCUCCGUAGCUGCUGACGUCACGACGUCAUCACUCGUUCUCACGCGGCCAUUGAUCUGGCUCGAUAUAAGAGCUCUCUAAAAAUCCUCUUUCUUCGCAACAAACAUCAAACACCUCUUCAGCUCUCAUCAGUGCACCUCGUAAAGCACCCGUUCAUCCAUCCAUCCACAACCUCACCCGCAGUACAAGAAACAUGUCGAACCCCCGCGAGCGCGCAGCCGAAGACGCCUACGAGGCCGAAAACGACGAGUACGCCGGCGACGAGGUCAAGAGCGACCGGAGCUAUGCCGGCGGCGACCAGCGGAAGACAGGUGGUCCGCAGGUGGUCGCCGACGAGGACGCCGAUCUGGGGGCCGACGCUGUGCCCGGCAGCGAGACGAAUAGUGAUGCGCAGUUGAGGCGCGAUGAGAAGGAGGCUAUCGAUACUAGUAAUAUCCUGCCUGGUGCGGAGAAGGGGAUUCAGACGAGGGGUGUGAGGAAGAAUUAUAAGGAGCCCGGUGAUGAGGAGGGAUUGCCCGGUAGGGGAGAUACGGGGAGCAGCAGUUUGAGGACGGGAACUAUUUGAGUGCUGUACUGUGGUUGUGGGGAAACAGGCGAAGAGUCGCGUUGUCCGAGAAUAGUCAAAUCUAUGGUUCUCCAUACAAUGUGUUC